UGUGGGGGAUAGCGUUCUAGGUUUAACCUCAAAUAGCAGAAUAUUGUCAAUGGAACAGAAAUUUGUAAAGAUAUUGGACAUGGUUGAUCGUGUCAUGGCUGUCCACUUGUUGAAGAUUCCAGUAGCAAUUCAACGGAUGAAGUUUAAGGAUUUCCUUGGAGAAACUGACCAAGCCGCUGCCAUUGCUGCUGCUGUAACUGACAACCCAGAAGAAUACACAAUCGCUACUCUUCCUCGUAAAACCACAAAGAAAAAAAUCAAACCAUUAAAACCUUUAUCAGUUUCUACUUCUGCAUUAUCCUCUGACCAAUUGAAAUUUAAAGCUAAGUCAAGUGCAGCAAAACAUCGAACUCUUCAGAAGAUACCCCAAAAUAACACAAAGUCUGACUCCGCCUCAAAGAGAAAAGCCCUCUUCACCAGCACUCCAAUAUCAAAUGUAAAGACUCCAGCAGUUCCUCGGAAAACUGCAUCAGAGUUUGACAAAAGGUUACUCAAAAUGCCAAAAUCUGGAAGGAAAGCAUUGACUUGUUCUCCAGUGCGUGUGGAUAAAUCACAACCAUUCAUUAACAUACCUCUGGCAGAUGGGAAGGCAAUUUAUGCAGUUGGUGGGGAAGUGGACAAUAUAGAUGUGGAGUCACUUGAUCCAAAUACCCUUACGUGUAUUCAAUCUUUGGUGAUUCACCUAACAGCCCUGUGUGAAAAGGCCAAUUAUUCAGUACGUGCAAACAGCAUCUGAAGAGUC